UGUGUGUCUGCCUCACUCACCACCCUCGCUCUGCACCAUGGGGAAGGACAGGCUGCCCAGUGGCCAGAGCAUCUUCCUCCUGCUCCUCUUGCUCCUCCCUGGAGACACCUCGCCCACCACCGAACCGCAGUACAUGGUGCUAGUGCCCUUUCUGAUCCACACCAACGGUCCUGAAAAGGUCUGUAUCCAGCUGACCCACCUGAACGAGUCUGUGACGCUGAGCACCACGCUGGAAUACGCAGGGGAGAACAGGAGCCUGAUCGCAGACGUGGUGUCAGAGAAGGACGUGUUCAAGUGCAUCCCAUUCACAGUUCCAAAGUCCAGCAGCUCAUCAGCAGCGUUUCUCACGGUGCUGGUGAAGGGGCCGACGCUGGAGUUCAGGAGCUGGAAAUCGAUGAUGGUCAAGAACUCAGAGAGCCUGGUCUUUGUCCAGACGGACAAACCCAUCUACAAACCCGGACAAACAGUUCUGUUUCGGAUCGUCUCUCUGGACGAAGACUUCCGUCCCCUGAAUGAGAAGUUUGCACUGGUCUUCAUCAAGGACCCACAGAAGAACCGCGUGUAUCAGUGGCGAGAGGUGGAGUUAAAUGGGGGCCUCACCCAGCUCUCCUUCCCCCUCACCUCCGAGCCCAUCCAAGGCACCUACAACGUGGUGGUGCAGAAGGAGUCGGGGACCAAUCUCGAACACUCCUUUACUGUGGAGGAAUAUGUGCUGCCCAAGUACGAAGUGUCGGUGAAGCUGCCCAAGAAAAUCACCAUCCAGAAUGAGGAGCUGAAAGUGGCCGUCUGUGGUCUAUACACCUAUGGGACCCCUGUCCCCGGCCUGGUGAAUGUCCGUGUGUGCCGGAGAUUCUCCCAGUCCAGGUCACACUGCUAUGGAAGAGAGGCCGAGGCUGUGUGUGAGGAAUUCACCAGACAGGCAGACGUUCGAGGCUGUGUCUCCAAUGUGGUAAAGACUAAAAUAUUCCAGCUCAAGCGAAAGAGUUAUGAGAUGAAAAUUGAGGUUGAAGGCAAGAUCACGGAAGAGGGUACAGGGGUGGAGUUAACUGGGACAGGCUCCAGUGAGAUCACAGGCACCAUGAGCAAAAUCAGCUUUGAGCAGGUGGACUCUCAUUACAUACCAGGGAUCCCCUUCUCCGGGCAGGUGAAGCUGGUGAAUGGGACCAAUGCUCCAAUCGCCAACGAAACAAUCCGGAUUUCCAUAGGGGAAAACAAAUACAAAGCCAACUACAUAACGAAUGAAGAGGGACGAGUCUGGUUUUUCAUAGACACUGUCAACUUCACAGACACCUCCAUUCAAAUCACCGCAAAACAUAAAUCUGAACUGAACUGUUACGACAGAGACUGGGUCACCCCUGUGUAUGGUAAAGCCGUUCACACAGCAACACGCUUUUACUCCCCGAGUAAGAGCUUUCUCAAAAUUGAGCCCCUGUCUCAGACUUUAAGCUGCGGCUCCAGUGAGAUGAUCCGGGUGCACUACAUCCUGAAGCCAGAGGCUGUGGGGGAGCAGAAGGAAAUCAUCUUUUACUAUGUGGUGAUGGCCAAAGGAGGCAUCGUGAGGGCAGGCACCGAGGUGCAUCCCAUGGGGGAUGGAGAACAUAUCCAGGUGUUUGAGCUGAGCCUCCCUGUGGGGCCUGAUAUCGCCCCCCUGGCCUGGGUACUCGUAUACACCACUUUACCCAGCGGGGACGUUAUCGCCAAUUCCGAAGAUUUCAAGAUUGAAAACUGCUUUGCCAAUAAGGUCAACUUACAUUUCUCACCGGCCGAGGGCCUCCCCGCCUCUAAUACUCACCUCCGGAUCGGAGCCUCCCCGGGCUCCCUGUGCGCCGUCCAUGCUGUGGACAAGAGCGUCCUCCUCAUGAAGCCUGAAGCUGAGCUCUCACCCAACUCUGUGUAUGAUUUGCUCCCGGUAAAGGAGAUCAGGGGUUAUAAUUACCGGGAGCACCAUUUGGAGGAAGAACUUGAUAACCCUUGUGUGGAACUCGACAACAUUAUUUUAAAUGGAUUCAUCUACAGACCCACUUCUCCUGACAGUGAAGGGGACGCCUACAAUGUUCUCAAGGCGAUGGGUUUAAAAGUCUUCACCAGCACCAAGCUCCAGAAGCCCAGACUCUGCAUGGAGAGAAUGUACAGUAGAACAUAUGUACCUACGAGGGCUGGUAUUGGCGACCGUACAUCUGCACCGAGAUAUGCACUCAGUUUCGAUCACAUCGAUCGUUUGGAUCAUGGCCCAGUGGAGACCAUCCGGAAGUAUUUCCCUGAGACGUGGAUUUGGGAUUUAGUUCCAGUAAAGUCCGUCGGAAGUGCCAAACUGACUGUGACCAUCCCCGACACCAUCACAGAAUGGAAAGCCAACGCAUUCUGCAGUUCCGGUGACACUGGCUUUGGCCUGUCCCCGACCGUGUCCCUCAGAGCCUUCCAGCCCUUCUUCGUGGAGCUCACCCUGCCCUACUCCGUGGUGCACGGCGAGACCUUCACGCUAAGGGCCACUGUCUUCAACUACCUGACCCGCUGCAUCAGGGUCAGCAUCUCACUGGCUCCAUCUGAUGACUUCCGGGCUACCCCUGUGAAGAAGGAAAAAGAAUCUUACUGUCUCUGUGUGAAUGGCCGGAAAACAGUGUCUUGGGCUGUGACCCCAAAAUCUCUGGGUAAUGUGAAUUUCUCAGUGAGCGCUGAGGCCCUGAAGACAGAUCUGCCCUGCAGGAACGAGGUAGUGGAGACCCCGGACAAAGGGCAGAAGGACACGGUGAUCAAACAGCUGUUAGUGGAGCCUGAAGGGCUUGAGAAGGAAACGACCUACAACUUCCUGCUCUGUGCAGCUGGAAAGACAGCGCCGCAGCCAAUGUCCCUGAAGCUCCCAGAAAACGUGGUGCAGGGCUCGGCCAGAGCCUAUUUCUCAGUGCUGGGAGAUAUCCUGGGCACAGCCAUGCAGAACUUGCAGCAGCUCCUCCAGAUGCCCUUUGGCUGCGGGGAGCAGAACAUGGUCCUGUUUGCCCCCAACAUCUACAUCCUGGACUAUCUGAAUAAGACGGGGCAGCUUAGCGAGGAGACCAAAUCCAAGGCCAUCGGAUACUUAGUCAGCGGUUACCAGACACAGCUGAAGUACAAACACCGGGACGGCUCCUACAGCACUUUUGGGCCACGUUAUAGGCAAUCAAGGAACACCUGGCUGACGGCCUUCGUCCUCAAGUCCUUCGCGCAGGCCCGCUCUCACAUCUUCAUCGAGGAGAAGCACAUCCAGGACGCCCUGGCCUGGCUCGCUGGCAAGCAGAAGGAAAACGGCUGCUUCCGCAGCUCCGGGACGCUCCUGAACAAUGCCAUAAAGGGCGGGGUGGACGAUGAGGUCACGCUCUCUGCCUACAUCACCAUCGCGCUGCUGGAGAUUCCUCUGCCCAUCACUCACUCUGUGGUCCGUAAUGCUCUGUUCUGUCUGGAGACGGCUGCAGAGCAGGGAGGAAACCACGUGUACACUAGGGCACUACUGGCCUACGCCUUCGCCCUGGCGGGGAAGGAGGAGAAGCGCAGGGCACUGCUGGACUCGCUUGACAAGGAAGCUGUGAAGGAGGAUGGCUCCAGUCACUGGCAGAGGCCCGGGAAGGAGCCGAAAGCCGAUCUCCCCUUCUUUCACCCCCGUGCUCCUUCCGCCGAGGUGGAGAUGACGUCCUACGUGCUCCUCGCUUACCUCACCACUCAGCCGGCGCCAUCCCAAGACGACCUGUCAUUAGCAGCUCAAAUUGCAAAGUGGAUCAGCAAGCAGCAGAAUCCCAACGGGGGCUUCUCCUCCACCCAGGACACAGUGGUGGCACUCCAGGCACUGUCCCGAUACGGAGCCUCCACCUAUGCCAAGAGCGGAGGAGCGUCCACAGUGACCCUGCAAUCCACAGGGAACUUCCAGGCCCAGUUCCAGGUGGAUCAUACGAAUCGUCUGCUGCUCCAGCGUGUGGCACUGCCAGAGGUGCCAGGGGACUACAGCACGGGGGUGACAGGAGAAGGAUGUGUCUACGUGCAGACCAGCCUGAGGUACAACGUGCUCCCCAAGCCAGGCGAGGCGCCAUUCGCGCUGGAGGUGCACACAGUCCCCAAGACAUGUGACAGCCCCAGGGCCCAGAGGACCUUUGACAUCUCCAUAAACAUCAGUUACACAGGGAAACGCCCCGUCUCCAACAUGGUCAUCGUUGACGUUACGAUGCUGUCAGGAUUCAUCCCUGUGAAGACAUCAGUGAGGAAGCUGGAAGGACAUCACCACAUCCACCGCACAGAACUGAGCACCAACCACGUGCUGCUCUACAUGGAGCAGGUGAGCAACGUGACUCGGAGCUUCUCCUUCGCGGUGGAACAGGACUUCCCCGUGCAGAGCCUGAAGCCGGCACUAGUGAAAGUCUACGAUUACUACGAAACGGACGAAUUUGCCAUCGCUGAGUACAGCGCCCCCUGCAGCAAAGUGGGAGCCGAGCAGAGCAACGUGUGAGGGAUGGAGUCGUGUUCCGAGCCUCCCGCGUCCCACCUGCUUAGCCCCUGCGCAGGCCGAGGUGGAUGGAUGGAGCAACAGAGAGAAAACAGCAGCAAAAAGAGGGAAACAAACAUUACAAAUAAAUGAAUUCACCAACCUGA